CGCGAGAGCGGGGGAGGGGGAGGAGGAGGCGGGAACGUGGGCGGAGAGUGGAGGUGGACGUUGAAUUGGAGUCGCAUAGCGCCCGGUGUCAUUGUCGGCUCCUGCCCUCGCAGCCCCUCAGACGUCGAUCGCAUAGUGGAUGAGAGUGGGGCAACGGCCGUGGUCAACCUGCAGUCCGACCUCUGCUUCGACGCCCUGCAGAUCCCCAUUGCUGCCAUCCGAGAGCAGGCAGUGCAGAGGGGUCUGCGGCUGGAGAGAGUACCGAUCCGGGACUUUGACCAUGGCGACCAGGCGUUCAUGCUGCCCGUGGCCGUGCGCAUGGUCAACCUCCUCAUCGCCGAGGGAUGUGACGUCUACAUUCACUGCACCGCUGGCAUUAACCGCGCCACGCUCACAGCGCUAGGCUACCUCACCUUUGUCAAGGGAAUGGAUCUGGACUCGGCUCUCUCACAAAUCCGCAACGCGCGGCCAAUCGCACACCCCUACCUCGAUUGCUGGCACUCUGUAAAGGGCCGGCUCUUAGCGGGGCGGGAGGAGGAGCAGAUGGCACUGGCAACGGAGAUUUACGAGGAGCGCAGUAGGUCAGGAGGGGGAGGCAAUGCAUCCGCAGAUUGGCAGCAGGCACAGGCACGUGUUAUCCAGAGGACAUUUGAUCGAUAUCUGCAAGUGGACCAGGGGAUAAUCAGAAGUCACAAAGGCGUUCUCCAGUUCGCCAUCAAAGAGCAGCGAGCCAAGCACAAGGAGAAACGCCUGGCCAAUCUGGCGGCCUUGGCCUCGCUGUCUCAGGAGGAGGAGCGGCUUGCAGAGCUGCAAGCGCAGGUGCGAGCGAAUGCACAGACUGUGAAGCGCACACGGUGGGAAGCGCUGCGCUUGCAGCUGGAGGCGCAGAGGGUUGAGGGCCAGGCCCUGCUGCUGCAGUGUGCCAGACCAGAUGGCGACGGUGCGAUUGUUGAGAAACAGCUGGUUGAGUGA